AAGCCGGCUCUGCAGAAGCGGCUCCCCGCGCGGGUGGAGCCGCCGAGAGGUUCCCAAACCGGUUCCACCAGGACCCCGGCAGCCGCGCUCAUCCUUCACCCACGCCCCGGGCUCCCGGCGUGGACACCUCUGCGCGCCUCUUAAUCUAAAAACUAGGCGGAGGGCGCGCAGGGACCCCCAAAGGGCGCGGGGCCCAAGCGGACCCUGCCGCCCGGUCGGCGGCCCUCGCGGUCGCAGCGCCCCCGCCCGGCCCCGGAGGGCUCCCGCGGCCUCGGCUCCCCGGAGCGGGGGAGGGCGGCGCGGCGGCGGGUGACCGGGGCGCGGGGCGCGGGGCGCGGGGCCGGCACUCCGGGAGCGGGGCGCGCGCCGCGGGCGGCCCUUGGCGGCUCGGCUCGCCUCGCCAGCCUCCCCCGAGCGUCGGCGCCGCCCAUGGCCGAGCGGCCGGAGCCCGAGCCCGCGGCGGCCGAGCGCGCGGACGCCCGAGCCGUGGAGACGCCGGGCUGGACGGCGCCGGAGGACGCGGGCCCCCAGCCGGGAAGUUACGAGAUCCGGCGCUAUGGACCCGCCAAGUGGGUGAGCACGUCCGUGGAGUCCCUGGACUGGGAUGCGGCCAUCCAGACGGGUUACGCAAAGCUGAACAGCUACAUGAAAGGCAAAAAUGAGAAAGAGAUGAAGAUAAAGAUGACAGCUCCAGUGACAAGCCUCGUGGAGCCCGGUUCAGGUCCUUUUAGUGAGUCUAUCAUUACCAUUUCCCUGUACAUCCCCUCUGAGCAGCAACCCGAUCCGCCACGGCCUUCAGAGUCAGGUGUCUUCAUUGAAGACAGAGCUGAGAUGACUGUGUUUGUACGGGCUUUCGAUGGAUUCUCUAGUGCUCAAAAGAAUCAAGAGCAACUUUUGACACUAGCAAGCAUUUUGAGGGAAGAAGGAAAAGUUUUCAAUGAGAAGGUUUAUUACACCGCAGGCUACAACAGUCCUUUCAACUUGCUUGAUGGAAAUAAUGAAGUGUGGUUGAUUGAGAAACAUGAACCCCCCAAAGAAAAUAAAUGAGAAAAAAAACGGGAAGUACCAUCGCUUACUGUAGACAUCGACACUCUUCUUACACGUAAACUUCAGGUCUAGUAGCUCCACUGAGAGAACUACGAUGAAUUGAGCUUCUUUCCAAGGUGCCUAUUAAAGCUUGAAGCUUUAUCUAGAUGCGCAGGGAACAGGGGACAGUAUUCUAGAAACAUGUGAACAGCUCUGAAGGAGUUUGUCUGCAAGGCUCCAGGGAAUAUCCUAUUACUUGACCCUUCUUCACUGCAUCACAAUCAUGUUGCCUUUUCUGACUUGGAUUUGUGUCAUUUGGAUGUUAUUCCCUCCAGAUAUUAUCAAUAAAAAUGUUAAAGAGGCA